UGUGUUUACACUUGAAAACAAAAGGAUAAAAUGUCUUAAAUGAAUGUACUGCAUACACAUUAUAUGUGUAUGUAACUGUAAAAACAAUUUUGAUUUUAAUUUUUAAUGUAACAGUCUUUAAGUACACUUUAUUACAGGGCAAUCACAGAAAGUUGGUCAUGAGAAAAACACUAUAAACAUGGCUGCCGUUGUCAGCUGACCUGACCAAUCCUCUUAUGGCAGGACCCUCUCACUGGGUUCCCAGAGUCAUAAAGUCAUUACUCACUGACAGACGCACACACAGAGCUGUGAUAAUGAUGAAGCGAAUGGUGACUUGCAUGCUGGGAGGUUCACAUUACGUGUGAGUCCAGCAUAAGGGGGGGGGUGUUGCGGGUGGGUUUAAUGGGAGGUUACUUAAGGAGCUGGUCAGGCCUCGGCUCAGUCUUCGUGCCGCAGAUCUGGACAGGGAUCACUCGUCUCUCUGUCUCUUUUUUUUAUUUUUAUUUUUUUUAGUUGUUGUUGAAGGAUACAGUUGAAGAAGGGACCUGUAGGCACACAGAGCAGCCAUGACAGACAAGAAAGAGAUGAAGAAGCCCAAGAGCAAAAGUGCCACUGUCUGUGGCUACCCUAUUAGCAUCUUUUUCAUCGUGGUCAAUGAGUUCUGCGAGCGCUUCUCCUACUAUGGCAUGAGAGCCGUGCUGGUGCUGUACUUCAAGUACUUUCUGAGGUGGGAUGACGACUUCGCUACCACCAUCUACCACACCUUUGUGGCUCUCUGCUACCUGACGCCCAUCCUGGGAGCCAUCGUGGCUGAUUCCUGGCUCGGCAAGUUCAAGACUAUUGUUUACCUGUCCAUCGUUUAUGCGGUGGGACAAGUGGUCAUGGCUGUGAGUGCCAUCCACGACAUCACAGACACAAACAAGGACGGCACCCCCGACAACAUGACCUUCCACGUAGCUCUGUCCAUGGUGGGUUUGAUCCUUAUUGCCCUGGGAACAGGAGGCAUCAAACCCUGCGUGGCUGCCUUUGGUGGAGACCAGUUUGGGGACCAUCAGGAGAAGCAGAGAAGCACCUUCUUCUCCAUCUUCUACCUGUCCAUCAAUGCUGGCAGCCUGCUGUCCACGGUCAUCACCCCCAUCCUCAGAGCUCAGGAGUGUGGCAUCCACUCUCAGCAGAAGUGCUACCCACUGGCCUUUGGGGUCCCUGCUGCUCUCAUGGUGGUAGCUCUGAUUGUGUUCAUUGUUGGAAGCGGUAUGUAUAAUAAGACCGCCCCUCAAGGCAACAUCAUGGUGAAAGUCUGUAAAUGCAUUGGGUUUGCUAUCAAGAACCGCUUCAGGCAUCGUUCUUCUCAGUACCCUAAAAGAACCCACUGGAUGGACUGGGCUGAGGAGAAAUACGAUAAACUCCUGAUUGCCCAGGUGAAGAUGGUGCUGAAGGUGUUGUUCCUCUACAUCCCUCUGCCCAUGUUCUGGGCUCUCUUUGACCAGCAGGGCUCAAGAUGGACCCUCCAGGCGACCACCAUGAACGGAGACUUUGGAAUACUCACAAUCCAGCCCGAUCAGAUGCAGACCGUCAACCCUAUCCUGAUCCUGAUUUUGGUGCCAAUUGUGGACAGUGUGGUCUAUCCACUGAUUGCCAAAUGCAAAUUAAACUUCACUCCGUUGAGGAGGAUGACGGUGGGGAUGUUCCUCGCCGCUCUCGCAUUUGUGUGCGCGGGUCUGGUCCAGCUACAGAUUGAUCAAACCCUGCCUAAGUUCCCAUCAAACACUGUGGCCCAAGGGAAGUUCAUCAACGUGGUAAACAGAACUCUGGACAUUAAAGCUGGAACCAACGAGCUGAACCUGAAACCCUUCUCGGCCAAUGAGGAUUACCUGACCUUUGGUGGACCAUUUGUUCUGGAUCUGGAGCCCGGUAUCUCUUUUGAGACCACUUUACCAAAUGGCACUCGGCAUACCAUAGUCAUCGUUCAGAGCGGGGCCGGCCUCAUUCCUAUGGCUUUCAAGGACAUCAAAUCAAAGCCGGAGCAGGGCGCUAAUGCUAUCAGAUUCUUUAACGGCUUUGGCUCAGUUUUGAACGCAACAGUGGGUGGCCAGGACUUCGGGGACAUUACCGUCAACAACAUGUCCAGUUAUGUUGCGGUAUCGCAGGGAGAUGCUGACUUCGUGAUCAAGAACGCUGAAGGACAACAGUGUGUCUACAGUCAGACUCUGGGCUUUGGCAGCUCUUACACCUUGAUCAUCCCUCCGACGUUUGUGUUUGAUGAAAAUUGCAAACAGAACAUCUACCCUGUAACGGACAUCAGGCCUAACACCAUCCACAUGGCCUGGCAGAUUCCUCAGUAUUUCCUCAUCACUGCAGGAGAGGUGGUCUUCUCUGUCACCGGCUUGGAGUUCUCCUACUCACAGGCGCCUAGCAACAUGAAGUCUGUGCUGCAGGCUGGUUGGCUGUUAACCGUUGCCGUAGGGAACAUCAUUGUGCUCAUUGUUGCCGAGGCUGCAACACUCGAGGAUCAGUGGGCAGAGUACAUCCUCUUCGCCUCUCUGCUGGUGUUAGUGUGCAUCAUCUUCGCCGUCAUGGCCUAUUUCUACACCUACAUUGACCCAGCUAAGGUGGAAGCCAUGUUUGCCCAGAAGGACUCCGACGAGAACUGGAAGAAGAUGGAGAUGGGCAGGAAGGACUCGGCUAAGCGGGACAGGAGGAAUUCCGACUCCAGCUCUGACGAGGAGGAAACCAAACAGUCCAAGAUGUAAAAAGCGACCCCCUCGGCUUUUCCCUCUUUUUUUUUUUAAAUUUAAAAAGAAAAAGAAAAUUUUUUUUAAAUACAAACUUGGUUCUGUGUUUUCAUGCCUGAGAGUGCAUGUGCCAAUGAGUUCGUUGGUCAUUGUGCUGUACAUGUAGUGGUUGGAAUGAACGGGUGACCUGAGUGAAACGGUGCAGGAGUUGUAAGGACACAGAAAUAGGGCUGAGGUGGUGAAGCUCUUGGUGGACAGUGCUAGUGAAGGAUCUUAGCAGGGAUAAUUCAACCACUAUAUUAUCACCAAAAAAAAAAAAAAAUUAAAUCCCUGCAUCUUUACUGGUGUUUAAAAUGUGAUUUCUUAGUUGUAAAUUUGAUUUAUUUUGCAUUGUGUAGCAACAUCUUAAUAUAUUUUGUUCCGUAGUCUUUUGUAAAUGCACCGGAGUGUAAACACACACACACAGAGACCAUUCCAACGUUUGUAUUUAUUUCCAAGCACAGUGUUGUAUGUAUUGUAAUAUGUUGUCACCGUUUUAUGUACAUGACAUUCUCACCUGCUCCGGGGGGGGUGGGGGGGUUUCAUCAGAUUUACCACCACCUUGUGACUCAUGGCUGCUUGUCAAGCUCUUUAAUAAAUAUACUAGCUAGGUAUCAUCUGCAACUGUACUCCAGUUUCCAGCCGUGCUGCUCUGUGAGGUUUUAAGCUUAAACACGCAUGUUGCAAUGCUUCCUAAAACCCUGGAGUUUUGGUCAAGCGUUAUUUAACAUGAACGCCGAAUCGGAAUGGGAAUUCUCACCCUGCUUCUGGCGCCUUGACCAUUUCAGAAAAUCAGACGUGUGAGACACAAACUUCUCAGUUACCAUUAGAUCUUUUAUUUCUCAUGUCACUUUGAAAGCUUACAAGGAGCUUACAUUUAACUUGGGAAUUCUCAAAUGACACAAGCAAAGAUUAUAUACAGUACUAUAAACUGUCAGCUAUGAUAAAGGAGACCAAAUGUACACAUUUUGUAGUUAUUUCCGUAGCAUAUGUUUUUCUGUAAGGUAUAGAUUUUUUUUUUUUUUUUUUUUUUUGCCGGAGGCAGGUGCCCAUAUCCAUAAAGCAUUCCAUAUUUCCAUACUUAACUCUUUGCAGUUAUAAAAAUAUCAGAUAUUUCUUAAUUUCUUUCAAUCCCUGUGUUGACAAGUGCGUCUUGAUGCAACUCCUCAACAUUAUUGCUGCAUUAGCACAGUAGUAAAUUCUGGAACUCUUAAGUAAACAUAUAUAGUAAAACAUGGCUAUUAGCAACUUUUUUUCAUUUUGUGUGUUUUUUUUUUUUUUUUUUUUAAAUCCUCUUACAGGUUUCUUUAAAUACUUGACACACUUUCAAAGUGCAAAAAACUGAUCUGAAAAUUAGAAAA